GUCCACCUCCAACAGUGCUACUUGGGAACUUUCAAACUUCAACUCAAUCAAGACAAUAUUUAAUUCAUUCCGAGUCGAACAAUCAGCUUUCCAGUCUAAUUGUUGUUAGCAAUCCCAAAGUAAAACGUUAUUUCUUAAUAUUAUUGUCGAAAUUAUUUGGUAUCUUUUUCCUCAGUGUAUUGUUAUCCCUCUUAGAUGGAGGUACAUGGGCUGCGUCCAUCCUAUUAAUGACAGCUAUACCACAAAUUAAGAAGCGCCCUCACGAUCGUAUCAUCACUUGAUAAUAUUACUGGUAUUAGGGCAAGGACCUUGGAAUGAAGGGAGUCUAAUAACCUGAUUCUAAUUAUCACUAACUCCCAUAUACACUCUACUAUGUCCUCUCACAACAUUGGGUCGUCUGAGAGGAACUUGGUGAUCCGACAGAACGCAGAUCUUCACGUAGACUUACAAGUCACUACGUCUUAUCCUGAUCCUUGGUCGGAACCAUCAGAUCCUCAUCCAUCUUGUACGUCUUCUGUGUUCAAUACACUCGAAAUAAGCCACACAGAAAUCCAACCAAAGGAAAUUCCGGACUGGAGUAAUCUCAAGGUUAUUCAUCGCAAUACUUUACCACCUCGAAGUCAUUUCCACGUUUACAAUACUGAGGAUGAUGCACUUUCUAGAGAUGUGAGCCGCUCUAGAGCUGCCUUGCUCUCGGGUACGUGGGGUUUCGACCUGUCACCUGGACCGUUUAAGGGCCCCCGGGACUUUUAUAGGCCCGAGUUCAACCACUCGGAAUGGAAGCUCAUCAACGUUCCGGGUAUGUGGCAACUUCAGGGGUUUGGUAAAGGGCCGCAAUAUACGAACGUCAACUUCCCCUUCCCAGUGGAUCCACCACAUGUUCCGUACGAUGACAACGAGUGUGGCCGCUACAUCACACGCUUCACCGUCCCAGACACUCUCAAGGACGGAGAUCAAUGGCGGCUAAGAUUUGAGGGUGUUGACUCAGCCUUUACGAUUUGGUUGAAUGGAAAGGAGGUGGGCUACUCGCAAGGCUCGAGAAAUCCUAGCGAGUUUGAUGUAUCGUCAUUCCUUGAUCUCGAUUCCGAAAACACUCUCUGCGUCGAGGUAUAUCAACGGUGCGACGGAAGUUAUAUCGAGGAUCAGGACCAAUGGUGGCUCAGCGGCAUCUUUAGGGAUGUUUGGUUGCAUUCAUUUACCACCACUCACUUCGAAGAUUUUCGUGUUGAGACGAUCCUUGACGACGACUAUAAGGAUGCGUGGCUUGCAGUAGAUAUCAAGUUGAACAAGCUUGGUGAAGCUGUCACGUCUAAACUUAUUGAUGGCGAUGGCGAAGUCAUAUUCGAUUAUUCGUACACACCGCAAGGGCGGAGGUCUAGAUGUAAAGUCCGUGUGGACAAUCCAGAAAAAUGGACAGCUGAGACUCCAUACCUAUAUACUCUGGUGCUUUCUGUUGGUUCUUCCUCGUAUGUUACUCAGAGGGUUGGGUUUCGGAGGACGGAACUGAUUGAUGGCGUCUUUUGUGUCAACGGACAGCCAAUCAAGAUCAGGGGAACUAACCGUCACGAGCACAAUGCGCAAUCUGGGAGAACUGUCCCUUACGGAUCCCUUCAAUGGGAUCUCCAGGCGAUGAAGGCAUUUAAUAUCAAUGCCAUUCGCACUUCCCAUUACAUAAACGAUCCUAGAUUCUACGACCUUGCCGACGAAAUGGGAUUCUGGGUGCUCGAUGAAGCAGACCUCGAAUGUCACGGAUUUGGCGAAGUUGGCGGCGAUCCAGCAAGUUUUGCAUCAGACAACCCAGAUUGGAGAGAUGCGUACGUAGAUCGUGCUGUGCAGAUGGUAAUGCGGGAUCAGAAUCAUCCUUCUAUUAUCAUGUGGUCCCUCGGGAACGAAGCCUUCUACGGUAGAAAUCACCAGGCCAUGUACGAUGCUAUCAAGGCGAUUGAUAAGACACGCCUCAUACACUAUGAGGGCGACCAAGAAGCUCAGACAGCGGAUAUCUUUAGUCGAAUGUACACCCCCGUUGACGAAAUGAUCAAGCACGCCGAGGAAAGGGAUUGGAAGAAGCCAUUCGUCAUGUGCGAGUAUAUCCACGCGAUGGGUAACGGUCCCGGAGCUAUACAAGAAUACAUCGAAGCCUUCUAUAAAUACCCACGGCUUAUGGGGGGAUUCGUGUGGGAAUGGGCAAACCACGGUCUCCUCACCGAAUCUAAAGACGGCGAUAAGUAUUUUGGAUAUGGCGGCGACUUUCAACCUGAUGAACCAAAUGAUGGGAAUUUCGUCAUGGACGGGCUGUGCAACUCGUCACAUUUGCCGGGUCCUGGGCUUGACGAAUACGGCAAAGCCAUCGAGCCCAUUCAAGUCCUUGGGGUAGAGGGAACCGCGAUAACAAUUAUAAACCGCUAUGAUUUCCUGACCCUGGAUCACGUAAGAUGCUUUUGGGAACUCAUCUCCGAUCGGCAGCAGGUGAUUGGUAAAGAGAUAUUUAUUCCAGCGGGAGUCAAACCUCACACAAAAGCGACGAUAGUAUUAGGUGGAAUGCCAAAGACUUUAUCAACGAAUGCGUGGCUUUCGUUGGAAUUCAUGGUUCGUAACGGAACUAAAUGGAUAACUCCUGGUCGAAUCAUAGCUCGAAGCCAGAUCGCCCUCACUCCUCCCCGAACAUUUGCCCUCCUCAAAUCCCCCUCCAUGCCGGGCCGUCCGCGUAUUCAACGCACCGACGAUAUGCUUUACGUCACAAUCGCCAAAGGCACAACGUUCGGCUUUGAUACGGGAAACGGCACCCUAUCAUCUCUAACGCACACCUCGAAGCCAGAUCACAACAUCAUCACCGUCCCUCUGGCUCUAGACUUCUACCGCGCUCUCACGGACAACGACCGCGGCGGACCUCACGGCCAGGAAUGGAUCGAGAAGAGAGUCCACCAGACGCGAAACCACUUCUCGCAGAUGACCACCACCGAAACCGAAUCGGGCUGCACCGUCGUCGUAAAAGGGCGCGUGGCACCCCCCGUCCUUGCCUGGGGCGUCGACACCACGACCACGUACACCAUCACGCAAGACUACUGCAGCAUCCGCGUGCAAGCGAAGCCCAGCGGUCUCCUCCUUCCCUCGACCUUCGCGCGCUUCGGCCUCUCGUUCGGGCUGCGCGACCUCGACAUCGUCGAGUGGUUCGGCCGCGGGCCGGGCGAGUCGUACAGCGACAAGAAGCGCGCGCAGCUCGUCAACACGUGGGGCUGGAGCGCCGACGCGCUCUUCCACCACUACGAGUUCCCGCAGGAGAGCGGAAACCGCACCGACGUGCGCUGGGUCGAGCUGCGCACGCGCUGGGGCGGCGACCUGCGGUACCCGGACUGUCUCCUGCGCGCGCGCUUCGGCGAGCAUGAGGGCGCGAGUUUUAGCGUCGCGCCGUAUAGUACCAGGGAUAUAGAUGAGUGCAAGCAUCCGUAUGAGCUGCAAAAGAGGAAGAGGGACGAUCAUAUUGUUAGGUUGGACUGGUAUCACCAUGGUUUGGGGACCGGGAGCUGUGGGCCGCCGACGCUGCCGCAGUAUCAGCUUAGGACGGAUCGGGAGUUUGAUGUCGAGGUUCUGCUUGAUUAGGUUGAGUAUCUGGCUGGGGUUUCUUUUCGCAUGUGGAGAUGGAUAUAUAGGUAGCAAUUUGCCCCUUUUUACGGAUGGAUGGAAUAGGCGUAGCGUUGAUUAGGUAUAUAAAACUGAAAAUCAAA